AUGAGAAUCGGGGAAGGAGGGAAGGGACUUCCUCAGCUGCUCACCUGGCUCCGCGCAGCAGAACGAGGUGCGUUUGAGACCGCCGGUCACCGACCCGUUGCUCGCCGUCCAGCUGAGGGUGACUGCCGGGGAGGACGCCUCCAGCCGCUGCGCCUCCAGUAUCCCAGCCGGGCACUCUGGAGUUUCCUCAAUGUGAGGAACCUGCUACAGAGCCCUGCGCGUGGGCGCCAUAUGCCGCAGCCCGACAUCCUGGCCUGGAUCAGGAAGUGUGGUCAACAGUUCCAGCGAAGUGUCUCCCCUGUACUCAGCCCUGGUGAGGCCACACCUGGAGUAUUCUAUUCAGUUCUGGGUCCUCAGUUCAGGAAGGAUAUUGAGGUGCUGGAGCAGGUCCAGAGAAGAGCAAUCAGGCUGGUGAAAGGACCUGAACACAAGUCCUAUGAGGAGAGGCUGAGGGAGAUGGGAUUGUUUAGCCUCGAGAAGAGGAGGCUCAGGGGAGACCUCAUCACUCUCUACAACUACCUGAGAGGAGGUUGUAGCCAGGUGAGGGUUGAUCUCUUUUCCCAGGCAGCUAUCAGUAAGACAAGAGGGCGUGGUCUUAAGCUCUUCCAGGGGAGGUUUAGGUUGGAUAUUAGGAAGAAAUUCUUUACAGAGAGAGUAAUCCGACAUUGGAAUGGGCUGCCUAGGGAAAUGAUGGAUUCUCCAUCCCUGGAGGUUUUUAAAAUGAGACUGGAUGUGGCACUCAGUGCUAUGGUCUUUUAA